ACUCUUUCUUUGCACCUUCCCGGCCUAUGUUGUUUCUCAAGUCCAUACGCCAACAUUAUCAUAUUAUAAACUUUUGUUUUUGUUGACUGAAGGAGCUUGACUUGUGUUUAUGUAUUUCAAUAUCAUCCGUUAGGCAACGCAAACACAACCACUACCAUAUUUUAAUCCCAAAUCGGCUUCUCUCGCUCUCCAACCUCUCACGAAUUACAAACAAGGUGCUUUCUUGUUGGAAAAACCACUGAACCAGUAGAACUUUCCUCGGUUCUUCAAUUCCAUUCGAAUAAUUUUUUUACCCAGAAAAGCUAGCGUUUCCUGGUACAUGCCGUUGGAUUCCGUCUGCUGCUGAUGAUCUGCAGGCUGAAGAGGAUGACGAGAAUAUUAGUGGUGAAUUGUAUUCCAGUUUAAUUAGUGGAAGAACAGCUCUCUCUGACUUUUGAGGUACAUGCCGUUGGAUUCCGUUUGCUGCUGCAGAUCUGCAGUUGGAAAGUGGAAGCCCCAACUUUGAGCUCAGAGCUUGAAUUUCUGAGUCAUUCGUUUCUCUGCCCUCUCAUCAGUCACUCUUGAUCCACUCUCUGAGGAGCACUACAUAUUUAAAGAGUUUUGGGUUGGAGGAAGAACUUAGUUGCUUGACAUUUUGAGGUUUUGAUGAAUUCUUCAUUUAGAUUUGGUGACCAACAAUCGACCCACCACCAAUUUUAGAUCAAGAUUCGAGCAUGCCUUAAAAGUGAUCAUCCGUUCGACAGAACAAACACAACUACUGCCAUUUUUCAGUCGUGAUCUGAACCACUGCUGUGCCAUAACGGUGGAUACCGCCAUGACAACCCACGAAGCCUCCUCUUCAUCCUCCUCCAAGUCAAAACUUUGGAAUUACGAUGUGUUCUUGAGCUUCAGCGGUGAAGACACACGCAAUGGCUUCACGGACCACCUCCACGCGGCAUUAACAUACAAGGGAUACCAGGCUUAUAUUGAUGAGGAUGAUCUAAAAAGAGGGGAACAAAUACAAAAAGAACUGGAACAGGCAAUCGAAAAAUCAAAGAUCUCUAUCAUUGUUUUCUCAGAGAGGUAUGCGGAUUCGAGUUGGUGUCUUAACGAGCUGGUGAAGAUCAUGGAGUGCAGAGACAAACUGGGGCGUCAUGUUUUGCCAAUAUUCUAUCACAUUGAUCCUUCACAUGUCAGGAAGCAGAAUGGAGUUUUAGCCCAAGCAUUUAAGAAGCACAAAAAGAACAUCCAUAAAGAAAAAGAUGACAAGAAACGUGAAGAAAAACGAGAAAGGGUAAAGCAGUGGAGAAAGGCUCUUAGAGAAGCUGCAGAGUUAGCCGAAGAAUUUCAGGGGCACGAAGAGGUAAAGCAGUGGGGAGAGGUUCUUACAAAAGCUGCAAAUUUGUCUGGCUACCAUCUUCAAAUCACUGAUAAUAGGCGCGAAGCAAAGCUUAUUAGAGAAAUUGUUGACAAGAUUAUCCGGGAAUGGCUUCCGAGCGCAGAAAAAUUACAUUUGGCCAAGCACCCAGUUGGAAUAUAUACUCGCAUUCAAGAUAUCAUCACUUAUCUUUCAAAUGGUGGAUCAGAUGUUGUUCGCAUGGUUGGAAUUUGGGGGAUGGGUGGAUUGGGUAAAACAACAGCUGCCAAAGCCAUUUAUAACCACAUUCAUCAUAAGUUCCAAUUCAAAAGCUUCCUUAACGUUAGUGAAUAUGAUCUGGUUGAUUUGCAAGGAAAACUUGUUUCUGACAUCUUGAAACAGACCGAGUCUAAGAUAACCAGUGUUGAUGGAGGUAUCAGUCUGAUAAAAAAUCAUCUCCAACGUAGAAGUGUACUUGUCAUUAUUGACAAUGUAGACAAAGUGGAACAACUAAAUGCAAUGGCUGGAAAUCGUGAUUGGUUUGGCCCAGGAAGUAGAAUUAUCAUAACGACACGAGAUGAACAUUUACUAAAGCAAGCGAACAUGAAAGUGGACAAGACAUAUCCCCUUAAGGAAAUGAAUGAAGAAGAAGCUCUGAAGCUCUUUAGUUGGCAUGCCUUUGGAAAUAGUUGGCCUGAUGAAGGAUAUCUUGAACUCUCAAAAGAGGUUGUUUCUUACUGUGGAGGUUUGCCACUAGCCCUUGAAGUUUUAGGUUCUUCUAUGAUUGAAAGAACCCCAACAGAGUGGAAAAGUCAGUUGGAGAAAUUGAAAAAAUUUCCUGAUGAAGGAAUAAUGAAAGCUCUAAGAUCAAGCUUUGAAAUGCUAGAUCCUACGCAAAAGGAUAUAUUCCUUGACAUAUCUUGUUUCUUUAUUGGAUGGGAUAAGGACGAUGUCGCAAAAAUUUUAGAUGGAUGUAACUUUUUUGCAACAAUAGGAAUCAGUGUCCUCCGUGAACGAUGCCUUAUAACUAUUGAACACAACGAGUUGAAUAUGCAUGAUUUGCUUCGAGAAAUGGCCAAAGUAAUAAUUUCUGGAAAUUCUCGUCGUCCCCUUGGAGAAUGGAGUAGAUUGUGGAACCAUCAAGAGGUCACUGAUGUAUUGAGAGAUAAAUCUGGAACUAAAGAAGUUGAAGGACUUGUUGUAGGUUCCCCUGAUUUUUAUCCAUUCCGUAACUUGGCUAGUUUCAGUACAGAAGCAUUUGCCAAUAUGAAGAAACUGAGACUGCUCCAGCUCUACAACGUGCAGCUUAAUGGAGAAUACAAACAUCUUUCCAAAGAGUUAAUAUGGUUGUGCUGGGGUGGAUGCCCUUUAAAAUCCAUACCAGAUGAUUUCUUUGAUCAACGACGAGAACUAGUUAUUUUAAAGAUAACGUUUGGCAAACUGGUACAAGUUUGGGAGGGCUCCAAGUCGCUUGGAAACUUGAAAAUCCUUGAUCUCAGUUAUUGCCAUGACUUAAAAAAAUCACCAGACUUUUCAAAUCUCCCAAAUCUUGAAGAGUUGAUAUUGCAAUGGUGUGAGAAUUUGUCCGAGAUUCACCCCUCCAUUGGUCAUCUUAAAAAACUUUCUUUGGUGAACCUCUUAGGCUGCAAGAAUCUUAUUUCUCUUCCUGGGGAUUUCUAUAAGUCCAAAUCCGUUCAGACUCUUCUUCUUAAUGUGUGUAAUCAAAUCAGUGAACUGCCCGAGGAUUUAGGGAAGAUGAUAUCAUUGAGAGUACUUAAUGCAUCUGACACAGCCAUAACACAAGUACCGCGUUCCGCAGUAAGAUUGAAGAAUCUCACUCAUUUAUCUCUAGUACACAUGAACCUUCUGCAAUUUCCCGAUUCAUUACACGGCUUAGACUCUUUAAGAAAUUUAGUUCUCUCAUCGUGCAGAUUAAGCGAUGAUGCAUUCCCAAAAGGUUUUGGGAGUCUAAUUUCUUUACAACAUUUGGAUCUUUCACAAAAUGAUUUUCAUACCCUACCCAGCCUCAGUGGCCUUUCAAAGCUUGAAAGUUUGCAGUUAAGUUACUGCAUUUAUCUUCGUACCCUACCCAGCCUGAGUGGUCUUUCACAGCUUAGAACUCUGGUGUUAAAUAACUGCUAUGCCAUUCACACCCUACCCAGCCUCAGUGAUCUUUCAAAGCUUGAAAGUCUGCGUUUAGGGUUUUGCUCCGAGCUUCAUACAAUUUAUGAUUUACCAUCAAAUUUGAAAUUUAUUGAUGCGCCUGGAUGCCGUAGUUUGGUAACAAUGCCCAAUUUUUCCAAAAUGUCGAAUAUGAGAGUACUGAAUGUACGUGAUUCACCCGCACUCACUGAGGUGCCAGACUUGGAUAAGUCAUUAGACUCCAUGACAUGGAUUAAUAUGCAAUGUUGCACCAAACUCACAGCUGAUUUUAGGAGGAACAUCCUAAAGGAAUGGACUUAUUGCGGAUAUGGUGGCAUUUUUCUCCAUGGGAAUUAUGUUCCUGAUUGGUUCGAGUUUGUCGAAGAUGGUAAUACAGUCAGUUUUAAAAUUCCACCGAGUAAUGGUCGUAAUUUUGAAGGACUGACUCUGUUCUGCAUUCACCACUCAAGCGAUUAUAUGAGAUGUGAAGAUGGUCAUCCUCGUGCCAGUAUUGAUAUAAAUAAUACCAAGCGUACUGUGUUGCAGACCUGCAUAGGCAAGGAAGAUUGGGUUAUAAAACGUCCUGUGUUGCAGACCUGCAUAGGCAAGGAAGAUUGGGAUUGGGUUAUAAAACGUCCUGUGUUGCAGGUUAUAAAACGUCCUGUGUUGCAGACCUGCAUAGGCAAGGAAGAUUGGGAUUGGGUUAUAAAACGUCCUGUGUUGCAGACCUGCAUAGGCAAGGAAGAUUGGGUUAGAAAAAAGGGGGUUAUAAGAAAGGGGGUUAUAAAAAAGGGUGAUAAUAUAUUUAGAGACUAUUUUCUUUGGCAGGGACAAAUAUCGAACAGUAAGCUCAAUUUGCAAAGCGGGGAUAAAGUUGAUAUAACUUUUGAAACGCCAGCUAGAAAUUCUCAUUACGUGACAAUUAAGAGAACAGGGGUUAAUCUAGUAUGGGACAAACCUAUGAAGGAAAAUGUGCACGAUUUUGAUCCUGAUGGUGUGUUUUUGAUCCAGAGGCACAAUCAAGGUGGUGAUGCAUCGUCAUCAUCAUAUGUUUGAGUCAAAUCAAAAUCAGUUCGUCAAACGCCUCUUUCAUUUUCGAUUUCUCAGUUCGAUAAUGAAGAUUUAGCUGGCCCAAUCACUGCCCGCCACCGCACUAUCACAACUUUCCCACCGUAGCCACCGCGGCAGUUCUUUUUCCCGGUAAUUUAACCGAAACAUCAAGGGUAGUCCGGUCAUGGCCUCCGCCGACGCGUUCGUCAAGGGCAGCGUCACCCAAUGGCGUCGCUGUCAUCACCUUUGGUCGCCCCCGAGCUGUCAACGCCAUGAACCUAGAUACGGAUGUGAAAUACAAGAGCUAUCUGGGAUUCUGGAUGAAUGGGAAUGUGACCCAAAUGUGAAGUGUGUUCUUGUUGAUAGCCUGUAGGCUUGUGUCUUUUACCUCAAAUAACUUCAGCAUUUGGUGCAAAUAGGUCCUUGUGACAAUUGAUGAACUUAAAAAGCAGCAGCAGAGUUCAGAUGCUACUGUGGUGGAGUGGGCUAAUGAAGCUCUUCAAGGUCUUGGAAAGGUGCUCCUUUUUCACUUUAUUUGACGCAAAAUUACUUCUCCAAAGUUGCAUCUGCGCUUGGGAAAAAUGACAAUCAAUUAUCCACUAACUGGUGUGAUGAAAACUGAAUAUCGCGUUGCUAUAAGAUCGUCUUUGCGGAAUGAUUUUGCUGAAGGUGUGCGGGCAGUUUUGGUGGACAAGGAUCAGAAUCCGAAGUGGAACCCGUCAAAGUAAGAGGGAGGUGAAUCAGAGUGAAGUGGAAGCUUUCUUCGAGCCAUUGAGCCCGAACGUUGAGGAGUUGAGCGUGUGACUGACUGGUAUGUGAAAACCGGAGUCAUUGAAAUAUAUUUACCGUUGUGGAAAAUAAGUUAGAUGAAACUACAUGAGACUUGUGUAAGUUCUAUAUGAGAGCAGACACUUGGUGAUUUGAUUAAAGACAUGUGGAAUGACAAGGAGAUAGGGAUGGACACUUGUGGUAGACUUAUUAGGAGUUGUAUUUCUUUACAGUUUCAAGUCAGAUGCAUUCUCGGUAAAACUAGCUAGAACUCUUCUAGCUGAUAUAAUGCAUAAGUGUUUCACUGUAAUAAGGCUACUCUUUGAUAAGGAUCACUUAAUGGGAGGGAUCCUUACUGAAUUUCAUGUAUAAAACUGAGGUCCCUGAUCUCUCCACUAAAUACGCAAGUAUACCGAAAACUCAAGCCCCA